AUGAAAAAACGCGUUGACGCGCAACGUGCGGCACUCCGAGCCGACGCCAAAGCCAAGCAUUCCUUGUCGGGAUCGGCCUCCCAUGCACACCGCGCGGUAGACGUGACGACCGACAUGGCCUCGUGUGUUUGUGCGUACUUGCGGGCCAAAAAGAUCCCGUAUGUUGUGGCACCGUACGAAGCAGACCCCCAGCUCGUGUAUUUAGAGCUCAAUGGCCAUGUUAAUGGCCUGCUUUCCGAGGACAGUGACUUACUUAUUUUUGGCGCCCGCAAGCUGUACACAAAACUGGACCAGUCUGGCUCGUGCAUUGAGAUAGAUAUCGACCGGCUCAAGUCAUCACCAUUGGGCUCACUGGCAGGACCUAAUCAGGGAUCCCUGUUGAGAUUACUGGCCAUAAUCAGUGGCUGCGAUUACAGCCCUGGAAUUACUGGGUACGGCCCUAUAAAAGCUGCGGCUCUUGUAUCCCGACACCGUGAUUUAGAUGCAAUUCUUGCUGCCGUUGUCAGAGAUGGAAAGACGGUUCCAAUCGAGUUCAGAGAGACCGCUCGUCGGGCUGAUCUAGCAUUCCGAUACCAGAGGGUUUUCGACCCUGUGACACGGACCCUGGUUACGCUCAAUGCCAUUGAAACAGAGAUUGAAGACGAGAUUAUUGGACCCAAUAUGGAAUCCACAGAUGCCUUGAGAAUCGCCAGAGGAGUAUGGUGCCCACAAACUCAGCGUAUUCUUGCUGUACCUGUACAUGUUCAGAAAUUUCUUUCCCGCGUGAGCCGCCAGCCGCUUGCACCACUUCAAUCAAAGCAAACGAUUGAGAAGAAGGUUGAAAGAGUCUUAGGGAUUAAGGGUACAGCGCUAUCUCCAUUUUUCAGUCCCAGACCGGCACCGUCGGCCCGCUGUGUGAAUGCAUACGAAAGUCCGCUAAAAAAGUCGACCGCAUCUGAAAACGUUGCUCUCAAAGAGAAUAUCGCACCCGUUGUACCCAUGAUAAUUGAAACUAGCGCGCCUCUGAAACAGAGUGUCACGCCCUUCAAAACUAACCCCCAGGUCGUUCCUCUAAUAACGCCCAAGGCAGAGCCCACAACGCCAAAGAAAGAGUAUCCGACUCCCCGAAGAAUCGAUUUCAAAAGGUUUGCAUAUAACCCUCAAUAG